GGCGGCUACCAACAACUCACCCUAGCGACCGACGGUCAGGUUCAACCGGAUAGAAAGAUGGCGACACAAAAAGGAGACAGAAAGAAUCUGUUAGCCAUCACCGGAGCUGCAGCCUUCAUAGCCGUCGCCGUCAAGUUCGUUAUCGAUGCUAUUAACUCGAAGAAAAACCAACUCAAGAAGAAAGAUCUUCGAGGCUCCAAUGUUAGGGCUAAUCUUUCUGCAUCAGAAAUAGUUAAACUAGCUGACCGUUUAAUUGCUAACUCGAAGGCGGUUCACGACACAGUAGCAUCAGUGCCUCUUGAUAAGGUCACAUAUACGAAUGUUAUACUACCACUUGAACAAUUGGAAGCAUACCAGUUCCCGCUCGUCCAGUCUUGUGUCUUCCCAAAAUUUGUGUCUACUUCUGAAGAAAUACGAAAAGCAAGUGCUGAAGCCGAAAGGAGAAUAGAUGCUCAUGCCUCGGCCUGCAGUCAACGCGAAGAUGUGUAUCGUGUCGUGAAAGCAUUUGCAGCAAAAGGGGAAUGGACGAGCAUGGAGUUAAAACGUUAUACACAAUUCCUGGUUAGAGACUUUGAGCGUAAUGGAAUGAACCUCACAUUAACAAAAAGAGAGGAGUUGCAGCGACUGAGGGCUCAAAUUGAUGAGCUUAGUAUGCGAUAUAUCCAGAAUUUGAAUGAUGAUAAGUCGUUUCUUCUCCUCGAUCACUCAGAAUUGCUUGGGUUGCCACUAGAGUUCCUUAAGAGCUUAGACAAGUCUGAGAAUGAUAAAUACAAGAUCAGUUUGAGAAGGCAUCAUGUUUCAGCAGUACUCGACCUAUGUAAGGUAGGAUUGACCAGGAGGGUUGUUGCGGUGGCCUAUGGAAGAAGAUGUGAAGCCAAUCUUCCCAUAUUAGAGAAAUUGGUUCAGUUGCGCCAUAAAUCUGCUAGAUUACUUGGCUAUACUAACUAUGCUGAUUUUGUUGUCGAUCGUAGAAUGGCAAUGUCAUCCUCAAAGGUAUUUGAGUUUCUAGAGGACAUCUCUGCCAGUUUGAAUGAUUUGGCUUCUCGAGAACUUACCCUGCUAAAAGACGUAAAGAAGAAAGAGGAAGGAGAAAUCCCCUUUGGGAUUGAAGAUCUACCGUAUUAUGUAAAGAAAGUUGAAGAAGAACAGUUCGAUCUGGAUUUUGAAGCUGUAAAGCAGUAUUUUCCUGUUUCUUUGGUUCAAUCAGGGAUUUUCAAAGUAUGCCAAGAUGUUUUUGGCUUAAGAUUUGAAAAAGUUGAUGAUGCGGAGGUCUGGCACAGUGAUGUCCAGCUUUUUUCAGUUUUUGACUUGAAUUCUACUGAUUUACUCGGUUACUUCUACCUUGAUAUGUAUACCAGGGAAGGAAAAUAUGGUCAGACUUGUGUUGUCCCUCUCCAAAACAGCUCAGUAACCAAUGGUUCAAGACAGGUUCUGUUUCAGAUUCCUGUGGCUUUGCUGGUAACCCAAAUCAAAAAGGAAGUUGGUGGUGAUCCUGUCUUGUUACGAUUCUCUGAAGUGCUUAAAUUUUUUCAUGAGUUUGGCCAUGUGGUCCAUUAUAUAUGCAAUCAUGCAUCAUUUGCAAAAUUCGGUGGAUUGCAACUUGAUCCUGACUUUGUGGAGAUACCUGCCCAGGUGUUAGAAAAUUGGUGUUAUGAAAUGCCUUCCCUGAAGCUGAUAUCUGGUUUUCAUCAGGACAUCACAAAGCCUAUAAAUGAUGAUGUAUGCAAAUCACUAAAGAGAUGGCGCUGUUCCUUUUCGGCGCUUAAAUUGAAGCAAGAAAUUUUAUACUGUCUCUUUGAUCAGAUUAUUCAUUCGACUGAAAACGUUGACAUUGUUGGUUUAUUUAAGCAUCUCCAUCCAAAGGUAAUGUUAGGUUUACUGAUGUUGGAAGGAACCAACCCAGCCUCUUGUUUUCCGAGUACUGCUAUUGGCUGUGAAGCUGCUUGCUAUAGUCAUAUUUGGAGUCAGGUUUUUGCUGCUGAUAUAUAUGCAUCAAAAUUUCGUGAUGAUAUUUUCAACCAGCAUACUGGCAUGCAUUUCAGGAAUAAGGUUUUGGCACCUGGAGGAUCAAAGGAACCUAUUGAACUCCUGUCAGAUUUUCUUGGAAGGGAACCCUCGGUCCAAGCGUUCGUUGAUAGCAAAUCCGAAACUUUUAAUGAUGCAUCUUUUGGAUGAAAAUGACGUGUUUGCCCCUGCAGGUUUGUUCUCGUGUCACGUACACAAAUUUUGGUUCCCAAUUAAGAGAUUUCAUGUGCAAUUUGCUUGUAAGUUUUUUAACCUUGUAGAGAUUUUGCAUUAUAUGUACGUAAUACCAACCUUAUUUGUAA